AUGUCGCAAUACACCUACCUCUCCACUCCGGAUCCCGAGUUCGUGGAGGUCCUGGCGAAACUUCCGCCACAACUUGCUCCGUCUGGCGAUGUAUCGCUCAUGCGGGCGGGCUUCAAGGAAGCAGUGGGAGAACACAAUAAGCAUCUCGAGAUGCGCUUACCUCCAGCCUCAGCAUACACUGUGAAAGACCACACGAUCCCCGUCGAGGGCGCGGAGAUUGUCGUGCGAUGCGUGGUACCGGCACCUUCUGCAGACAAGACCUUCCCUGUCCUUGUUUGGUUCCAUGGCGGAGGUUGGAUGGUCGGCGACGUCCACGCUGAUGACUACCGCUUGAGGAUGCUGUGCGUCGAGCUGCAGAUAUCUAUCGUGAACGUCGAUUACAGACUCGCACCGGAGCACGUCUACCCGACUGCCUGGAACGAUUCGUACGCUGCGACCAAGUGGGUGGUGGAGCAUGCAUCUAUACUGUCCGCGGUCCUGGAUAAAGGCUUCAUCGUCGCGGGGUGUUCUGCGGGAGCCAACCUUGCAGCUCAUGUCGCCUAUUGCGCUCGCGACGACCCGUUCUUCGCCAAAACGCCUAUUACCGGCCAGUGCCUCCAGGCUCCGUGCCUGCUGCAUCCCGAAACAGAUGCGGGAAAAUACAAAACUGAGCUCCUGUCCAUGGAGCAGAACAAGGACUCGCCUUCUCUCACACGCGCAGAGAUGGUAUAUCUUGCUCACCAGCUGAAGAUCCCACCGUCUGACCUCGGGCUCUCCUUGCUACUUCAGCCUUCUCACGCUGGCCUGCCUCCUCUGUACGUCCAGAUCGCCGGCUGGGACCCUCUACGCGACGAGGGCCUCCUCUACGCGAAAUUGCUACGCGAGGUCGGCGUGAAGACUAAGGUCGACGUAUACCCUGGGGUGCCGCACGGCUUCCACUUCGACUAUCCGCAGCUGCAGUUGUCUGCCAAGUGGGAGCGCGACGUCGAUGCUGGGAUCAGGUGGCUGUUGAGCCUGGUUGCUUGA